AUGAGUCCAUGGAGCCCGGCACAUCGCGCUCUGACCCCAACAUUGAUUUACCAGGUAUGGAAGUGUCUUCAGAAAAUGUAAGAUUUCUCUUUUUGUGCCCAGUUUAUAGAUUAAUCGCCAUGUGGUGUUGUGUGAGACAUCCUAGCGGACGUUGGAAAGAAGAAAUCGGGAAAUUUUAUAGUCGAAAAAGGGCACUUGUGAGUUCAUUAUUGCAUCAUUUUGCAGGGGCCGAUGGAGAAACGCAAGAAAGGACUGGAGAAAUGGCGAGAAAAGCGGAACCAGAAGAAGCAAAACUACGAAAAGCUAGCUGAGAACUUCAGGAAGGUCCCGUUGAAUGUAGGGAUGAGUCCAUGGAGCCCGGCACAUCGCGCUCUGACCCCAACAUUGAUUUACCAGCUAUAAGUGUCUUCAGAAAAUGUAAGAUUUCUCUUUUUGUGCCCAGUUUAGGGAUGAAUCGCCAUGUGGUGUUGUGUGAGACAUCCUAGCGGACGUUGUAAAGAAGAAAUCGGGGAAUUUUAUAGUCGAAAAAUGCACUUGUCGGUUCAUUACUACAUCAUUCUGCAGGAGCUGAUGGUGUCUCCAGAAAAGGUAGGAUUUCUCUUUUUGCAUCCAGAUUAGGGAUUAAUCGCUAUGUGGUGUUGUGUAAGACAUCUUAGCGGACGUUGUAAAGAAGAAAUCGGGAAAUUUUAUAGUCGAAAAAGGGCACUUGUCGGUUCAUUAUUGUAUCAUUUUGCAGGAACUGACGGAGAAACGCAAGAAAGGACUGGAGAAGGCGUGA